AUAAUAUAUCUAGGCAGUAGGCACUUCGUCGAAGUCAGUUGACGCUAGAUUUCAGUCGGGUCGUUCGUUACCACGUGUCAGCUGUUUGUAGUGUUCUAUUUAUUUCGACAGAAAUAUUAAACAACACUAUGUUUUCUAUCGACGCACCAGCCGAAUUACAAAAUAGUGAAUAUUGCAAUUAUCGGUCACCGCUAAGCACUCGAUAUGCCUCUAAAGAAAUGCAAUAUAAUUUUAGUGAUCAGAAAAAGUUUUCUACCUGGAGAAAGUUAUGGAUAUAUUUAGCAAAAGCAGAAAAAGAGCUUGGGCUAGACAUUUCCGAUGAACAGAUAUCGGAGCUGGAAUCUGCUAUCCACGACAUUGACUUUGUGUCAGCUGCUGAACAUGAGCGCCGGGUACGUCAUGACGUGAUGGCCCAUGUGCACACCUUGGCGGAACGUUGUCCCCGCGCUGCACCCAUCAUACACCUGGGCGCAACCUCUUGCUACGUUGGCGACAACACCGACCUCAUCGUGCUCAAACACGGCCUGGAUCUCUUGCUGCCACGUCUUGCUGCUAUUAUCAGUCGGCUGUCGAAGUUUGCCGAUGACUAUAAAUCGAUACCAAUGCUCGGCUUCACUCAUCUCCAACCAGCACAGCUGACUACGGUUGGAAAACGGGCAUCGCUCUGGCUAAGUGACCUGCUGAUGGAUGAACGAGCUCUGUCUCGCGCUAGGGAUGACCUACGCUUUAGAGGUGUCAAGGGAACAACCGGUACCCAAGCAUCAUUUAUGCAACUUUUUAAGGGAGACAGUGCAAAAGUACGUGCACUAGAUGAAAGAGUUGCUGAGCUCGCUGGGUUUGAGAAACGGUACCUCGUAACCGGCCAAACUUAUUCUCGGAAAGUGGACCUUGAAGUUAUCUCCGCAUUAUCGGGGCUUGGAGCUACUGUGCACAAAAUGUGUUCGGACAUUCGUAUUCUUGCGUCGCGAAAGGAGUUAGAGGAACCGUUUGAGGCCUCGCAAAUUGGAUCAAGUGCAAUGCCCUACAAACGUAACCCCAUGAGAUCUGAGCGUUGCUGUGCAUUAGCUCGUCAUUUAAUUACCUUACACGCUAACGCCGCUAAUACACACGCAGUUCAAUGGCUAGAACGCACUUUAGACGACUCCGCGAACCGACGCAUUACUCUCGCUGAAGGAUUCUUAACUGCUGAUGCAACUCUUCUAACAUUGCUGAACAUAACUCAAGGCUUGGUUGUGUACCCCAAAGUUAUCGCUCGUCAUAUUGACCAAGAACUACCAUUUAUGGCAACGGAGAAUAUUAUUAUGGCCAUGGUUCAGGCUGGUGGUGACCGCCAAGUAUGUCAUGAAAAAAUCAGAGUUCUUUCGCAUCAAGCUGGUGCUGUUGUUAAACAAGAAGGAAAGGAUAAUGACUUGAUUGAACGAGUUAAGAAAGAUAGCUACUUUAAGCCUAUUAUACAACAGCUGGAUAAAAUUUUAGACGCAUCGACAUUUAUCGGCCGAGCUCCUGAGCAAGUGACAGAAUUUAUUGAGGAAGAAGUAAAGCCUGUUUUGGCUAAAUAUAAAGGAUCUCUGGCCGAGGUUGAAAAGCCAGUCACAUUGAAUAUUUAAUACUCUAAUAUAUAAUAAACUCAUACUCAUAAUAUUGAAUAAAAUGAUUUAUUUACAUUA